AUUUCUAAUUUCAACCCCACAUUUAACAGGGAACCAGAAAAAAAAAAAGGGCAGUAUAAGACUUUAACUCUCGCUAUUGUUAUAUUGAUUGAUUUUACUGGAGAAGAGCUUUAUACCACUUCACUUCAUCUUACUAAUGCCGUAAGCAAGUACUUAUAUCAGCAGUCAAUUGUGUUUGUAAGAGAAGAUAUACGAGUAUCUCGACGUCAACAGCAGCGACUGUAGAGAUCACCCAUGGUACAGUAAAUACAGCAAUGACACCGUCGAGAAAAUGUCCGAAAGUACGAUCGAUAAAUCUACUCAACCUAGCCGAAUCAGUAACUUUAGAAGAUUUAGAUCGAGCUAUACAAUCCCGACAGACUGAUAAAGCUUGGUCCCUAUUUACCAAUAUAAUUACCCAACAACAACAUAAAGCAGCAGCAGCAACAAUAAGACAACCAUCGCCAAUACUAUCCUUAACGGCUUGUUCGAAAUUAUACGCACUCCUCAACUUUGCUAAAGAGCUAUCUUAUAAAUCCACAAAAAUACGACAUCUUCGACAGCAACAGAUGGAGCAACUCGUUGAUUAUGUGAUAAGGCAUUACCCACAUUGUAGUUCAAAAGAGCAGUUUUUUGCAUUGGUAGACGAAAUACCCAUCAUGCGUUACAAGGUUAUUUUAAAGCAAAUCCGGAGAGGAAAUCCGGUAGCAGCUUGGACAAAAUUCAUACGAUUCCACUUUCAAAACCUUCGAAAGCAAACUGUUCCAACAGCGAAUAUGGAUAGCAAUAAAUUGCCACGAAACGCAUGUUUAGAAUUGAUGUCUUUGGUUCUCAAAUUGAAAAAUGUGACCAACAAAGAAAAGAGGCGUAGAUUAAGAGUUAUUGCUCUAUACGGUGCGGGAACGUCAGGUUUCGAUAGUCGAUACUUGUCAUCCAGUCAUCUGUUUCGAUUAGCUUAUAUGUUCAAUGAAUACCGAGAGAAUGAUUUACUUACAGCACACCAAAUCAUCGACAGAUUCGUCAUGUUAUUAUCGACAGAAGAAAAUGAAAAGAAAAGGGCUGAUGCCUUAGAUGAGUUGAUUUGGAGAAUUAUUCAAUGUAACGACAUGAAGAAAGCAACAGAGGUUUUAACUUUUGCUCAGCAAAACUUAAAUGUAGAGAUAAAUGAAAUGAUAUUCGUAAAUCUAAUGGAUGGGUUUCUACGGCAGAGGAAACCUACAGAAGCUUUGAGCGUAUUCGAGCAACUACUAAACACGAGACAAAAUCCAACCGUUAGAGCUUUCAAUUCUAUAUUGAAUUUAUUUACAAAGCAAGGAUGGAGGCAUAGAUCAGAGCAGGUGUUCCGUUCCAUGCUGAAAUGGGGAGUCAAGCCUGAUGCAGCCACCUUUACAGAAAUGAUACGAAUAAACGCUAGAGAUAACAACUAUAAAGCAUGUGAACAAUAUUAUUACGAGAUGUUACAAAGAGAGAUCCAGCCCAAUGUGUAUACCUAUAGCGCCCUUAUAGAAGCGUCCUCUCGAUCACAGAGCAUAAAAUCCGUCUUUAAAUGGUUAGAUACUAUGAUGUUGAAUCAAGUUCAACUAAACGAAGUGAUUAUCUCCAACAUCUUAACAGCAAUAUCCAACCUGUUGCCACAUAGUAAUGUACGCAAUAGCAAAUAUAGUAAUUACCAGCUUCAACAACAACAGCAGCAGCAGCAUCCUGAUCAUUAUCAUCACUUACUAAAUACAAUCUGUCAAAUUGCACAUCAAGCAUCUCUGUAUGGCAUAAAAGUUGAUACAGUGCUUUAUACCAUCUUAUUACAAUUGCAGUCUCAGUUUUCUGGCAUAAAAGGGUCUCUUGAAAUACAUCAAUCCAUGAUAGACAAUUUGGUUGCUCCCAACGCUCAUACUUAUACUACUCUGAUAACAAUAUGUGGUAAAAAACACAUGCCCGAAGUAGCACAACAAAUAUUUAAACUGAUGCAACGGUGUAAGAAUGAGGAAUGCAAACCGAAUACGAUUACCUACAGUGCCUUAAUAGAUGUAUGGCAAACAGUAGGAAAGCCUCAUAAAGUGACUGAGCUUAUCACAGAUUUUUUGGUUCGAUGCAAAUCUGACAAGUCUGGACGAUUUUGGAUUGAUGAAAGGUUGCGACAACGGAUAAAAAAACAAUAUUGCUAAAUCUGUACAAAUACAGCAUUUCUGUAAUAUAAGUCUAAUACCUUUUGCUACUCUAUGGCAAUAAACCUUUGUAAAAAUACGUCUCUCUGAUUAUACCAUUAAAAUAGAAUCAACUUUACUCACAGUUCAGAGAAUCUUAUGGUUUGCCAUGGUUUAUCAUAGAGAAAUAAAUGGUUGAAGAAUACACUGUUCUUGAAAGCCAGUUUUGACCAAGCCUGCGCUCUUACCGACUGUAGUAAAAGCCUGCCUAACAAAAUCAACACUUGUAGGUUUCGAGUUGAUUAUUUGAAAAUGAAAGCUAAUAAUCCUACGUGAAUGCCUC